CUUGAAGUUGGUCGAGAAGCGCAGCGCGAUCUGCGCAUUUCAUCGUAUACUUUGUUAGACGUAUGUCUCGCGCUGGUUGAGUUGUGUUCAAUUACAGUCUCCAACGAUCUGUUUUGAGAGUUGUUCUACGUUCAAUGAAAAGAAUCAUUCGUUUCGAUUGUUCGAAGAAAGACUGAUAUAACGAUAUCUCUUCGCUUGACAACGCAUCGAAAAUUGAAUACUUUGAUUGUAUAACAAAAUGAUUCAUAAUUGGGAUAACGAAAAUGAUUACUCUGAACCUGUAGACAUAUCUUCUUUUGAAGCCGAUGGUGGUCGAGGUUAUGGAAGAGGACGUGGUUUUAUAUUACAAAAUAACAAUGAUACAUAUAAUGAUAAUUACGGAUACAGUGAUAACAAAGCUUCAGAUUCUGACAACUUAAGAAAUAGCAGAGGUGGUGGAAGGGGUCGUAAUGGUCGAGGUGGAGGAGGGCAUGGAAAAGGCGUUAGAGGAGGAUAUAGAAAUGAAACUGGUGGAGGAGAUAAUAGUUACGGAUAUGACGAGAAUGAUUUUAGUAGAUCGAAGAAAGAUAAUAAUGGUUAUGAAAAUGAUAACAAAGACGAAGAUUGGCACGAAAAUGACGAGGAAAAAGAUGACGAGAAAGGUUUUAAAGGAGGAAAAGUUAGAGGGGAAAGUAGAGGAGGCGGUAGAAAUCAUAAAAAUGCAGCCAAUAACGACGGAGACAACGGGUUGGAUUGUAAUGAAGAUCAUGAAAAUGAGAGAGGUGGACGAAGUAAUAAUAAAGGAAAUAGAGGUGGUCGUGGUAGAGGACGUGGUGGUGGUGGUGGCAGAGGUGGUAAUAAGGAAGGAGAUGAAGAUGGUAAAGAGAAGCCAAAGACAGAAAUCUAUAUACCACCCGAUGUAUCUACGGAUGAAAAAUCUUUGUUCGAAAAUGGUGUUGAACAAGGCAUUAACUUCAAAAAAUAUGAUCAGAUUGAGGUAUGUGUGAGCGGAGAGAAUGUACCGCAAUGGAUAGAAUCUUUUGAGGAUGCUGGUCUAAGAAAAUAUAUUUUAAGUAAUAUACAAAAAUCUAAAUACACUAAACCAACGCCUGUGCAAAAAUAUGCAUUACCUAUUAUAAUGAGCGGUCGUGAUAUGAUGGCUUGCGCACAAACAGGUUCUGGAAAAACUGCAGCGUUUGUUGUUCCAAUCGUAAAUACUCUAUUGGAAUCACCCAGAGAAAAUUUUUCGAGUUCUACUUGCGCUCCACAAGUCAUUAUAGUUUCCCCGACCCGAGAAUUAACAAUACAAAUAUACGAACAAGUUCUAAAAUUUUCAGCUGGCACCAUUUUGAAAACUGUUGUUGCGUACGGUGGAACUUCCGUCUCGCAUCAAGGAAGCAGAGUUUCUGCUGGUUGCGAUAUCAUCGUAGCUACACCAGGAAGGUUAUUAGAUUUUCUUCAAAGAGGACGUAUCACGUUAACGUCUAUACGCUUUCUUGUUUUGGAUGAAGCAGAUCGUAUGUUGGACAUGGGCUUUUUACCUGACGUUGAAAAAAUUGUGGAUCACGAAACGAUGGUUCCUACGGGAGAAAGGCAAACGCUUAUGUUUUCGGCCACGUUUCCAGACGAGAUACAACGAUUGGCUUCACGAUUUUUAAAAGAUUACUUAUUCGUAGCAGUAGGUAUAGUGGGCGGUGCAUGUUCGGACGUAGAACAAAAAUUUUAUGAAGUUACAAAAUAUAAAAAGCGAGAAAUGUUGAAGGAACUCAUGGAGAAAGAAACCGUGAGUGGUACGCAACAGGGUACUUUGGUUUUCGUGGAAAUGAAAAGAACGGCCGACUUUAUCGCCGCCUUUCUGUCGGAAAAUAAUUAUCCGACAACGAGUAUUCACGGCGAUAGAUUACAAAGAGAAAGGGAAGAAGCUUUAAAAGAUUUUCGAAGUGGCAGAAUGUCUGUAUUGGUUGCAACGGCAGUUGCGGCGCGUGGUUUGGACAUACGAAAUGUUGCUCACGUUAUAAAUUAUGAUUUGCCAAAGGGAAUCGACGAGUACGUUCAUAGAAUUGGUCGUACUGGUCGUGUGGGUAAUCGUGGAAGGGCUACGUCUUUCUUCGACCCGGACAUUGACGCACCGUUGCUUUCUGAUCUUGUAAAAAUUUUGAAGCAAGCGGAUCAACCUAUACCAGAUUGGUUGUUACACGGAGGAGACAACAGAUCUUUAGCACCUGGAAAAUCAAAACAAUUUGGCGGCGAAGAUAUUCGUAACUUCGAGGACGAAGGUAGCGGAGUGCCUUACGGCGAAGAAGCGUACAACCCUGUAUUGGAACCAGAAGAAGAAUGGUAAAAGAGAACAGUACUACGUACUUUAAGGGAAGAUCUGACCAAAGGCGUUAUGUAUAAAGUAGAUUUCUCUUAAAAUUUAGUUUUACAAACGCGCACGUGUACCCCCUUCUUCCCUUGCCGUCUCUAUUAUUUAAGAGAGCUUUACAAGAUUGUGACUUUCAUUUUCAAAUAAUCGUGAUUAUUUUAGCCUUAUUUCUUUAUGUUAUAUUAAUAUUAGAAAAUAUUAUCUUUUCCACGGUGAUGUAUAGACUGUCGCUUAAGUUCCUUUAACUAUAGACGUAUAAUCAUAUUCUUCGACAAUGAAGAGAUUUAAAAUAAGUAAAUCGUGAUAAUUUUGUUUUCCUACUUUCUUACUUAUGAAUUAACAAGCGAAAAUAAGCGGGACAUACAUUCCAAAAAUAUCUCGCGACGGGUAUUAUUAUUACCAUUGACCGUACAAACGUUAGAUUUAAGAAGCAAUUGUUACGUGGAGAAAAAACUUAAUAUAAGAAAGAUAGGCUUAUUUUAAGUGGUAUUACGUUGUCUUAUAAGGUUUUUAUACAUUUCUUUUUAUAAUAAAAUUAAAAAAGAUGAGACGAAGAAUAUACCGUUAAAAAAGAAA